AUGAGUGCUACUAUUGCGGCAAAUGGUACUGUACAAGUAGACAUUCCACCACCGGAUGAAGAGGAACAAUUGCUUUCAAAAUUGGUGUUUGGCGACACUUCUAGUUUCCAUGAUAAUUUAAAAGAUUUCGAUUUUGAACUUUGGAAUCAGGAGGAAGAAGAAGAUUUAGAAGGUGAUAUUGACGUUGCUCAUGAGAGUGAAACCGAAGAAGAGAGUGGUGAAGGUGCUGAUCUCGAGCAAGUGCAAGACGAUCAGCUGUUUUUUGUAGACGAUGGUGAGGAGCAACAAAGUGGAGCACAAGAUGAUGAUGAAGACGCAAUGGAGGUCGAUGAAGAAGAAGAAAGUGCUAUCGGAGAGAGUGAUGAAGAAGAUGAUGAUGAAGCAUGGGUGGAUUCCGAUGAUGAAAGAGUAGCGGUAUCUGUAGUGACCACGAAUAAGACCAAAAAAUUGAGAGAAUCUUAUAAAGAAUCAUCGAUAAAUGGACAUGAUUACGUGCGUCGUUUGAGAGCCCAGUUUGAGAAAAUUUAUCCUCGUCCUAAAUGGGUUGAAGAUGUAUCUGAAGAUGAAUUAUCCGGGGAAGAUGAAGAUGACGAUGAGAAUAAAGUAAUUAAUGGAGACGUUAAUGCGCUUUUCAAAAUUUUGGAAAGUACUUACACAUACAAGGAUACUUCGCAUUCUAAAUUGCUACCGUCUAAAAAUUUGGAUAUUACCAGAUUAAAAGAUGGGAAUGCUUCGCACGUAUCACGUUCAGCAAUUCAAUCAUUGUCAUUCCAUCCAUUUAAACCACUGUUAUUGACCGGUGGUUACGAUAGAACCCUAAGACUAUACCACAUUGAUGGGAAAAGCAAUAACAUGGUAACAAGUGUAUAUUUGAAAGGUACCCCGGUGCAGACUUGCGGUUUUUACGUUUCAUUAAACCAGGGUCCAUUGCAAGAACAAAAAAUUCUUUCUGGUGGUAGAAGACGUUACAUGCAUUCCUGGGAUAUUCAAACUUCAUUAUUAUCGUCACAAAAUGCACAUGGAUCUGUUGCUAAGAUAGAGAAAUUUUCAAGAUUGUAUGGUCAUGAAGAGUCUCAGAGAUCAUUUGAGAAGUUCAAAGUUGCACAUUUCUAUAAUUCAUCCACUAAUCAAUCGCAUGGUAUCAUUCUAUUACAAGGUAAUAACGGUUGGAUUAAUAUUUUGCACGCUACUACAGGUGUAUGGCUGAUGGGUUGUAAGAUCAACGGUGUGUUAGUAGAUUUUUGCAUCGAUUAUAAACCUGUAACAGGUAACAAAUUCCAAACUAUUCUAAUUGCAGUCAACUCAUACUCUGAAGUAUGGGAAUUCAAUCUAACUGAUUCUGGUAAAGUAUUAAGGAGGUGGAAAGAUGAUGGUGGUGUUGGUGUAACAAAAAUUCAAGUCGGUGGUGGAACAAACUCCACUCACUUUUUCCCCACAAAUUCAUCAAAGGUUAGAUCUAAUAGAUGGUUGGCCAUAGGAAGUGACAGCGGUUACGUCAACGUUUACGAUAGAAGUAAAGAUUUAUCACAACCUAAACCAGUAGCAGCAUUGGAUCAAUUGACUACUACAAUUUCAUCGUUAGAAUUUUCACCAGACGGACAAAUUCUAUGUAUGGCAUCUAGAGCCGUUAAAGAUGCAUUGCGUUUGGUACAUUUGCCCACUUGUACAGUUUUCUCUAAUUGGCCUACGAGCGGUACGCCAUUUGGUAAAGUAACUGCAGUUACAUUUUCACCUCGUGGUGAAAUGUUGGCGGUUGGUAAUGAACAAGGUAAAGUUAGACUAUGGAAAUUGAAUCACUAUUGA